AACAACACUUUAACAGUUUAGAUAAGCUAUUACUUCCUUGCUUAUCAAGUAUAUCUCGGACUUAUUGAUCGUUUAAGCUAAGAGCUCGGUAACAAAGAGUAACUGUCUGUGCCGGAUAAUCUAAACUUGCACUAAGGAGCUGACGGCUGAAUGAACAAAAUGCACCGAUGGCCGAAAGAAGUCCUUUUUGUCUCCUGUAUUUUUGCAGCAACAGGAUCCAUUCAAGCUAUAGUUUAUCCAAGUAUAAUCUCUGCUCCACAAAAGCCAACAAAAGCCUUCACUGGCGAGACUGUGUCAUUUAAGUGGCACUACAAUUCAGGAGAUCUAAAGAAUGAUCUUUUCGAGGUGGUGUUUGGUAUUUGGAAGAGUCCUGGCUUCCUGAAAACAAAGUUGAUAGCUGUCAACUCGAGUGGUUUUGCUUCAACGAGGUCUUCAUAUAAGUCAUCUGUGGGUUGGGCAGGAAAUUUGACAUCCUCUGUCGCAGUGUUUGAACUUUAUAAUGUAAAACUAAAAGAUAGCAAGAAGUAUGGAAUAGUGGUGGAAUAUGGUCUCCAGCAUACCCCGUUGACCGACACAGUUCAGCUUCAAGUUAAGUCCAGACCCAUGCUUGAUCUACCGAGAAUCAUGAACGUCAGUAAACCGGCGCCGCUCAGGAAAGGACAGAACGUUAACCUUACAUGUAUUGCCCAAAGCUUGUCUCCUGUUCAAGUCAUGUGGAAAAGAAAUGACAAAGUAUUAGUCAGCGGUACUUCUCAAGCCAUACUGACCCUAAGAAAUAUUACAGCUGAGGACUGCGGCGAUUAUGUUUCUGUUGCUAAAAACACCGCCGGAGAAGAUACUAGGACUGUUAUCCUACUAGUACUUCCGGAAAGCCCAACUAUACUGAAUUCAGACAAAAUAGUGACCAGUCCCAACUGGACGCUACGAUGGUCAGCAGCUGAAAGUGAAGGAGAGCUGCAGGUGAUGUAUACAGUUUGGCAAAAACGUGAGGGUGCAGAAUCAUGGCAACUGGAAAAUGUUACAAGAAACAUAUUUCACAUUGGACUUGAGGAUAAUACAUCUUACUCGUUCGUGGUGAAAGCUUGGAACAAAUGUGGAGAGAGUAUGUUGGACAGAGACAAAAUGCUGAACAUAUCCACCGACUUUGCAAACAAAGUUACACAAGGAAACGUCAUAUCUCGCGAAACAGUUCCGACAGAAAACAUGGUUCCGACAGAGAGUGAGAAUGCUCUGACUCCAAUCUUCAGCAGCAGACAAAUAGACGUCGAGUCCCCGUGGAAAAUUGAAUUAAUCAUUUUAAUAGCAGUGGGCAUCAUAUUUUUCAUACUAAGUGCAAUUGUGGUUGUGCGAAAAAAAAUUAUCCAAGACAAAGAAGAUGGUCAAAGACACCAAGAUUUGUGGAACGGAGGGCAAACCUCAUUGCUUUCUAAUUUACAAGAAAAUUCUGCAUUUGAUGAGGUUAAUGAGAGUUCUUCAGAAACAGAACCAGUGACGACAGUGGUGACUUCACUGGGACUUUCACAAUCCUCGUUGACGAGAGAACAACCAGUAUCAGCUAUGGUGGCUAACACUGAGGAAGGAACAAGAGAGAGACCCGAGAUGAGCUCCGUUGCUGCUGCAUGCUCCUCUGGUCAGCAGGUCAUGUCUUUAACGACGUUUUCCUCACGUGAAAAUUAUGAGAGUUCUUCAGAAAGAGAACCAGUGACGACAGUGAUGACUUCACUGGGACUUUCACAAUCCUCGUUGACGAGAGAACAACCAGUAUCAGCAAUAGUGGCAAACACUGAGGAAGGGACAAGAGAGAGACCCGAGAUGAACUCCGUUGCUGCUGCAUGCUCAUCUGGUCAGCAGGUCAUGUCUUUUACGACGUUUUCUUCACGCGAAAAUCAUGAGGCGUUGCACAACUCCACUGAAGUGAACGCCCAAGUUGCAGCAGCUCCAAAUGCAGGGAAUGAAAACAUUGUCCAAGUUCAAGAGGAAACAGUCCGAUGUCCCGACACGUUCAGAAACAAACCUCCAAAUAACACAACUCAAGGAGUGAAUCAUUCAGAAGAUUACCUGCAACCGGUGGAGCACUUACACUUACAAGCUGCGUUUCAAAACGGAAAUAGCUCCCAAUGUUGUCGUGGAAAGAUACAAACCUUGCCUCAAGGUCGUCCUGUACCUAAGCCCAGAGGAAAAUUGUCCACGUUUGCGGGAAUGACGUCAAAUUCACGCAGGCAAGGGUUUCAACAACGAGCAGAUGUCGAACGAGUUAACCAAUCAAGGUUCUGCACUCCUCAUCCAAGAGUUCUACAAGGAGAACACAGUUAUCUGAAUGAUAGAUGUGCAGCAACCCCGUAUGAGAGCCCAAGUUAUCCACAAUCAGUUUUACCUUCUACUUCCAGGAGGGAGUCACCAUACACGAAAGUGCAGAACAACACCAACUGGGAAGUGCCCAGCGGACGCCUGAGACUAUUUAAAAGGAUCGGCGGUGGAACAUUCGGUCAAGUGUGGGAAGGUGCUGUGUUGGAUGUGCGUAAUACUCAAGGCUGGUCUACUGUAGCUGUUAAAAUGCUAAAGGAAAAUUCCUCGAAGUCGGAUCGAAUGGAUUUGUUGUCAGAGCUGGACUUGUUGAAGAAACUUAAACCUCAUCCUAACGUGAUACAAUUGUUGGGUUGCUUGACUAAAGACGUACUCCGAUGUAAAGGAAGGCGUGAAUUUAGGCCGCCUCUUGUUAUUCUGGAGUUUGUCCCUCAUGGUGAUCUCCUUGGAUAUCUGAAGAAAAGUAGAGGCGAGACAGAUGACUACUACGACGUUAAAUGUGCAGAAACUGCAUUGAAAAUACCAACAGAACAACUUUACAAAUUCGCUUGUGAUAUUGCCCGGGGAAUGGCGUUCAUAUCGGCUCACCAGUUCGUUCACCGAGACUUAGCAGCGAGGAACGUGUUGGUUGGCGAGGGUCUGCACUGUAAAAUCACUGACUUUGGAAUGGCGAGAGAUCUUGGCAAAGAUAAAAUUUAUGUCAGGAGGUCCAAUGGAGUUGUACCAGUGAAGUGGAUGGCAGUUGAAUCACUAACAAAACAGGUUUUUACCCCAGAGAGUGAUGUGUGGAGUUAUGGAAUCGUCCUACAUGAGAUAUUCACCCUCGGGGGGAACCCUUACGAUGGAAUGAGCGGACAAGAAGUCUUUACGUACGUGUCGCAUGGUCAUAAAUUGCGAAGGUCGUCAGGCGUGAGCCGAGAAUUGUAUAAAUUGAUGCUUCAGUGCUGGGACCAAGAGCCAUCUAGGCGACCGACAUUCGAAUCAGUUACGUCGUGGAUGGAAAAUUUAGCGCAUUCUCACUGUACAGAAAGUCGGAAUACCUCCCAAAUUAUAAGCUGGGCGUAAUUUAUAUCAAUGAACUUUUACCCACUAACAAGGUUGGAACAGAAAAUACUUCGAUACCAACAGGGAAUGGAAGUCUUGAUAAAUUUUUCUGGCUUUAAAUUACCAUGUUGGCAAGAGAAGAUAAUCCUUUCUUGAUGUUAAUCGCGGUUCAAGGUUUUUCCUUUAGUUACGUUAUCCAGCAAAGAGGUUGGAAUCAAUUAUUGUCUAUAUUUUUACAUCACAGA